GCGGAGUCGUUUUUGUUACCAUAGUAACCAUGAUGUGAAAAUUCGUUAAUCUGCAGCAGUUUUAGCGAUAACUUGCAAGAUAUUGCGGCCCAAAGCUAAAUAACCCGAAUGGUUACAUUUUUCAAUACUAGCUGAUUUAAUUUAAUUUAAUGGAUCCGAACUCUAAGGAUGAACGGAGCUCACCUCUCCUGCAAUGCGAGUACUUCGUUCAGGUUCAGGGGGAAUGUGAUCAAUCUGAAAGAAGUAACGUUAAAAGGAUAGAGGGAGGCAAAGAGGGAUUAUCUCAUGCCGCUAAAAAGAUGGAGGAUUUCAAUGAAGCAUUGAAAAGAGUGACCAGUAUGUCAGCAAUGCUGCAAUCCGCUCGAAAACCUUCACAAAAGACAGACGGCCCAGGGCUCUCUCAGCGUGUGGACAACUGCGGUGACUGCCUGUUGGACACUGCCAGUAAAUCAGACCGAAUGGCACAACUGGAACAAACGGUGAGUAGACUGAAGAAUGCCCUGAUCUCACUGGAGGAGGAAAAUCUGUGCCUCAAUAAGAAGGUUAAAGGAAGCAUCCUGGCUGAAGAGACGGUCGACUGCGGCGGUCCUGGUCCCAAACCCACAACACCCUCAGAGAGGCCCAACACUGACCAAACCCCCCACGAGUGGCCGAAACAAGUGGUGCAUUCCCAGAAUGCCGAGGUGCAGCAGGAGACAAGCAAGAAGGAAGACGCAUCCAGCGGAGACCAGCAGCGUGAAGAUGCAGAGGACGAGAAGCAGGACGUUCACAGGAAGCUGAAGAAGGUGGAGGAAUACUGCAAGGAGUGCACCAAAGAGCUGGGCCGAGUCCUUCGGAAAUACGAGGAGCUCCGCGCGCAGAACAAAGCCCUGGAGAAACAGUGCAAGCAGCUGACGUCCGAGAACCAGAGGCUGGAAAAGAGCCAGAAGGGGGAGCCGCUGAGCACCCCGGAGGACAGGAUCGGCGCCAAGGUGCUGCUGGACCAGGCCAACGAACGCUGCACCUUGGUGGGCCGAGAGAAGGACCAGCUGGAGGGCAAGGUUCAGAGUUUGACGAGUGAGGUGACGCGACUGAGGGAGGAGCUGGGAGGCAGCAGGCUGGAGACCCAGAAGGCCCAGGACCAAGGCGCCCUCCUGGAAGCGGAGGCCAAGGCAGCGGCGGGCAGGAUGGGCGAGGAGGCCUGGCGCCUGCAGGGCAAGCUGCGGGAGAGCGAGGAGAGGUGGGAGCUGUACGAGAGCGCCGUCAGGAAGCUGAGGGAGGAGCAGGACGGGCUGGAGAGCUGCCUCCGCACCGUGCAGAAGGAGAGGGACCUCCUGCAGCUGGAGGUCAGGAAACUGCACCAGGAGUACAUCGAGCUGAGCGGCAGCAUCUCCCAGCAGCUCAGAGCGAAGAACUCCAGCAGGCCCAGCUCAUCGCUGGGGCCUCAGGACGCUCCCAGUUUCAGCAGCUUAUUCACCAGACAGGACAAAGUAAUAGGCGAAGAGAAAAUUGACCAGAUAAGAAAGAGGCUGGAGGAAGAAGAUCUGAUAAGAGCCCAGAAAUACAAAGAUAUGAUCGAUCAGUCAGCGUGACAAUCUGUCUGAGAUUUUAGUUUUUGCUUCAGUGCAGUCACCUGACACUUUACAUUUCGAGGAUGUUGUUACCUGGCAAGACAGGCUUAUUUUAGUGUUAUUU